UCCGCACACUUGUGCUCCUUGCAACUCAAAAAUAUAGGGGUUGUUUUACGCAUGCGCAAAGGUAUAAAUAGCCAGCGUGGUAAGGAGCAGAAUGUCAUUCGUAGCCUUACAACUGAACGAAUAACUUACGCCACAAUAAAAAUGUCUUACGCUAAACUCGUGAACACUUGCAACGCCAGCACUUUGGCCGAGCAAGCCAUCAACAAACCUAACUACACACCAGGCAAGGCGCUGAAGAAGGCAUUCAAGUUAUUGAAACGCGUCUUCAAACCAACAACAAUUAGUAAGGUAGAUGCUAACAACAACGUAAAGCAGCAAAUCACAGACACAAAGCCGCAAACAGUAACUGCGAUGCCUCAACCCGUAACAGAGCCGCAGCAGCAGUGCUAUGAAGACGAAGCAUCCACACUCAAAGCUAGCAUCCUAACCACUUGCUCAAAACUCAGCGCUGAGGAGUACGAGAAUGAACUGAACGAGUUAGCUGAGUUGGCAGGAAAAAGCAAAUCGAUCGAGUAAUCCGCUAAUGAUCGCAGCAUAACGUAAUUGAUAUUCAGAGAUGCUCUACAUAAAGCGUCCUACUGGCAAGCCGCUGGUGCCUUCUAGGACUUGGUACGUCUUUAAAACACAUCGCUUAGAUUACAAUAGGAGAGCUUUAAUAGUUUAUAUGUACGUGUGUGAUGCAGUCGAACUGCCCCUCUAGAACGUCGACACCAUCCCGCCCCUAAUUGUUCUGCGUGCGUGUUGCAUCGUUUCUUUUUGAACGUAGCACGCCGUGGACUGGCAUUUUUGAAAAUGUCGACGAUGUAAAAAAGCUUUAAUUUUAUUUUUAGUUUAAGAAUCAUUUGUCUUCCAAAUAGUUUUUAAGUACGAUUUUUUAAAUGUUUUUCUGAUAUAAUAAAAUAUAUUUUUGUAUAAAAAGAAAUCUGUUUUGAAUUAUAUUUUUUAGGUUAAA